GCUUUCACCGCAGAUGCGGAAGUGCGACACUGGAUGAGGUGGUAAUUGAGACGCAUUCAAUGCAAAACACAAACUGACGAAUUUUGAUGGGAAUUUUUGUUAUUUAAUUUAGAUUUGAUGCACCAGUGUAUCAAUCGACUCUAGGGGAUUCUUACAUGCGCGACUUUUAAUUUGAACAUUUCCGACAUUCCCCUGACACGGAAGUACUUUUUUUAGUGUUGCUGACGAGUCGCUGAUAUAGUAUAGUAUUUAUGAACUGGAGCUAGUGUGCAUAGCCAGCAAAGAAGUUUUGAAAGUGAUAACAGUAGCUACUGUUUUUGAAACCAUCUAAAUAUAUGUGCCACGGAAGUAGGUAUUGUAAAUGCACAACUACAGCGCAUUUCUUGAUAAUUUCAUACUUUCAGCUAGCUAACGUAGCUAUGCGUCAUAGUACAGGUAAACUGGCUAGCUAACUAAUCUGUCUAGCUUGGUAAAGUUAGUCCAGAUAACGUUAGCUAUCUAGGUUGGUAUGUCAGCUGUACUGUUAAUUAGACAAGCACAUAUGUAGCCAACCAUAUUUGAUGUUAACUGGCUACUUCGUAAAGGUUAGUAGCUAGUUAUGUAACGUUAUUUAGCUAGCAAUAUGUUCGGUCAUCAACAACGCCUCCAACAGCAACGUAAUUUGGCAGCUUCCACAACAUCUCCAACAACGCCAGCAGCUACAAACAACCCAACUCAUGCCAUCCCAACUUCCACACCAGCACCAAAUGAACCGACCACCUCCACCUAGCAUGAUCUACCUCUGCCCAGUUCCCCGGGCCUCUCUCCUUGCCACCAACCCCAUGCUGCAAGGGGCACUGCUCAUGCAACAACCGAUGCGAGGUAACAUGCGAGGCUUGACCAUGGGUAGUGGGCUACCCUUUACUUCAUUUUUGUCUGAGGGGACAAGGCAAUCUCUCCUUGGACCGGCUCCUAUUCCCCAAGUGGGAUUGUUCGCAUCAGGACCCAAUCAUUCCCUUACACACUUUUUAAACAAGGACAUUCGUGUUAGGAAGAGGAAGAAGGAACAGACAGGAAGUGCUGGGGGCCAGCUGAGCUCCAGCAGUGCAGAGGGGCUAGGGGAGAGGGAUGAUAGGACUCCCAAUACAGAGAUGCAGGAAGCGGAAUCAGCUGGACAAUUCUUUGCAAAGCAACAGGAGCCUGAGAUGAAGAAGCAGAAGAUGAAUUUGUCAGAAGAGCCUGUGAAUAUAAACAUUGGACAAGAGGCAGUCCAGAAGUCUGAUAAUGAAAUGUCAACAGAUGUACCUCAGCCUGUAGAUAUCUCUGCUCUCGAGUACAGAGGAGGAAGCACUUCCAUUCAAGUGGCGGAGGAAUGUUGCAAAGAAAGUAUAACAGCUGAACAUGUUCUGGGGGUAGGCACAUCCCUGAAAGUCACCAUCCAGCAGAGCAGCGAGAGCCGGGCGUUCAGCACAGGCCUAAAGGAGUUGGCUGCAGCAACAGCCACGGGGACCCCCUGUGGUGUAGGGGGACAAGGUGAGGACAGAGGAGCUGCGACUGACAGCCACUACUGCUACAUCUGCAGCAACCCCUACCACAACCAGCAGAAUUUCCAGAACCAUAUGAACGGAUUGGAACAUCAACAGCGUAUGAUGGAGAUUCAGCAAGUGAGCAAUGCCUGUCUGGUCAAUCUAUUACCACGGGUCGGCGACUCUCUACAGGGUACACACAAAGCCGGGGGCAAAAAGCCAGCAAGGGUGCAGCGCUGGUGUGCAACCUGCCAAACACACUUUACCGGCGACCUCCUCGAGCACCGGAGGACCAAGGAGCACAAGCUAUCAAAGCAGUCCUCACGUCCCUUCUGCACCGUCUGCAAUCGCCAGUUCAGGACGCCACGGAAGUUUGUGGAGCACAUGAAGUCCCGAGAACACAAGCGGAAGGUGGAGCUCCAGGAGGAAGGAGAGCCAGAGGUCAUUGAAGAACUCAUCACUGUGGAUGCAGUGGGAUGUUUCGAGGAAGAAGAUGACUUUGAGGAGGAGACCCACGAGGAUGAGGAUAGCAGGGGAUCGCAGCCCGGUCAAAGAGCAGUCCCGCAAGAGCAUGUGGGGGACUAUGAAGCGUUUGAUUCUGAAACACAAUACGGUUCAAGCUUUGUUGUCCCAGUGGCUGGUUUUCUCUGCAGACUGUGCCAUAAGUUCUUCUAUUUCAAGUCCACGGCCAGGCACUUUCACUGCAAGUCCCUCAUACACUUCCAGAACUUACAGAAGUACAAAGCCUUGAAGAAUCAAGAGCUCCUCUGCGGAGGACACCGAGAAGACGAGGACAUGCAGCCGAACAGUGGGGGACUCCCCUGACUUGAGAGAAUACAAAGUGGUUAUCCAAGUGAAAAAUGACUGUACAAAUGACUGCAACAUGGCUAGGGACAACACACAUCCCUGUAGUACCUCCUUUACCACAAUCAAGAUGCAUCCUGUUGUCUCUACUCAGGACAAGGCAGAGCAGGACAAUAUCUCCACUGCCACUCAGCAGGUCUCAGAACAGCUGAACUCAGACUCCGUAUUGUCAAAUACCGCAGUCGCUGUCCAUAGGCCGUGCUGCUGUGCCACCCAGCCUCCUUCUGGCUCAAGCUGUGGAUUGAAGAACAUGGUGAAGCCGUCUCCAUGCCAAAGCUGCCAAAGGUCCCAACCGAGCCUCCAGGAGUAUGGGCAUGAUGUGACUGGAGAAAAAUGCUCCUGCAGAGGUGGAUGUGCUCUUGCUUUGCAUGCAGUGCAACAGGAAACAAACAUGAGCAUACCUCAAACUGCAAGCAAGCCACUACGAGGCAGCCUCUUGGAAAGAGAGCAUUUGGAGCAGGGGAGCUCCACGCUGUUGAUGCCACAUAUACUCGAACUGGACGAGGACAGAGAACUAGUCAACAGCGAGAAAGUGGAACGAAAGGAGUCAGCUGGGAUGAAGCCAGGAAAGUAAAGGACCACAUCGAAAAGAAUGGCCUCCAAAAUUAAAUCCACAAGGACAACCCACACAACCUGAGAGCAGGGUCGUGUUCUACUGAACACGACCCAACAGAACACAGGAAAUUAACACAAACUAAGUCUGACAAGUCAUUAAUGGUGAUUGAUGGGAUGUCUACACAUUUGGUGUGUGUGUGUGCGAGUUUGAAGUCGCCCAAGAUAAGAUUUCACAGACAAAUCCUGUUUGGUUACAGUAAAGUAGGCCUAGUUUAGUUUAAAUGGAAUUAACAGUUUGGGUUACUAUUUUAUUAAGUGAUAGCAUUCACAGUAUUGCAAGAGAUCUCCUAUCACAGUGAGUGAGGCCAUACUAUGUUAUUUUCUUUAAAGAAAGUGCCCUUGGAUCAAUGAGCUCAA